AUGCCUCACGCAACAGAGCCCCCCGCGCCCGACGCGGAGGAUACCGCCUUCGAGAAUGUGAUGCGACAGAUGAACGGUCCCUUCGGGGAAGGCGACAUGUCGUUUGAUUUCCUCUCCCGCGACUUGGAACCCGGCGAAAAGGCAGACGACGCGGUGGACUACGAAGAUUUCGAUGACGACGAGCUACCCGAAGAAGAAGAGCGAACCGGACCGCCCGCCGAAAAUGGACUCGGGGAACAAGAAGACGACGCAGAUAAAGGCUUGUUUGAAGCGGAGGAGGAUGAUCUCUUCGGUGGCCAGGAGGACGAAAAUCAACAACCACCGCGCGAUGAACUGGACGACCUAUUCGGAGAUGGCCCUUCUUCUCCCCCAGCAGAACAUGCCGACGCAACACGAGAUUUGUUCUUCGAGGAGGAAGGAGAGAGUGAGAAGCCAGCAGAGGCUCCGGAGCCUGUCGAAUCCGCGCCCGCGCAGCCCGAACCCGUGCCGAUGGACGAAGACGAGGACGAACCUAUGCAGGAAGAUGAGGCGUUGAGUCCAACAGCGGAGGAUAUGGACCCGGCUUCUCUUCGCGCCUGGAAGCUCCAACAGGCUCUGUUUGCUAUGUCGUCUUAUGGCCCGGAAAACGUGCCUGCGCCGCCAGAGAAUGUCGAGGAGCUGUUGCAGUCGCUGUUCCCAAUGUUCGAUAAGAAUGCUCUUCCGCGUUUCCUUGAGCUGAUUCCCCACAAGAAGGCCUUCUUUGUUGGAAAGCAGCCUCUGAAGCCCCCGAAGCCGGUCAUCCCUAACAAGGUGAAUAUCGAAUUGGCCCAUGACCAAGAGCGAUCGUUCAAGUCUGGAGGCCAGUCGCUCAAACGUUCGCUGGAGUCGGAGCAUUCCGGCGUGGUCCCCGUCUUGGAGGCGGCCCAGGAGGAGGAACAGGAGAUCAAGGAAGAGUUUGAUCAGGACACAGAUACGGAGGAAGUGCUCCCUGGGGGUAUAACUCAUCAUGACCUUCGUGUUGUCUGCGCGGACUGGGAUGUGAGGGAUGACUUCUCCAUCAUGGACGUUGAGGAGGCGGAGGUUAAAGAGGCCGAUGUUGAUAUGGAAGACGACUGGCUUCUAGAAACCACCCGCCCCGCGAAGAAACGGAAAAUUGGAAGAGAUCCGCUUGAAAUCGUCGCCUUGUCCCAUAUUGAUGUACCGGUGAUUGACGACCCGCAACAAGCCACUUCCCGCAUUGCUCAAAAGGUCACAGUCGACAUGAACGAUCCUCAUAUUCUCCUUGACGAGCGAGGAGCGGAGGCUGCUGCGCAGAAGCCAAAGGCGCUGGGUGCUCUCAAGCGGGACGAGCUGGAUGCCAGUGUCACCAAACGUCUGACCUCACGUUACAACAUUUCGAACGACCAGGCAUACGAUAUGCUGAAACAAAACCAUCAGAACAAGGUUCGCAGUACCCUGGGUAACGUUACCUUGGAGCACAGUAUGCCUGCUCUGCGUCUGCAAUGGCCUUACUACAAGACCGAGCUGUCCAAGGCCGAAGCGCGUUCUUACCAUCGCCCUGCUCUCUCUUUCCGGCCUGGACAGACCUGUUGGUUCAAAAACCCGGCUCAUAUUAAACGAAAGCACCAAAAGGGCAAGGACGUCAAGCAACUUUACGAUUCUACAAAGUCGCUCUCUUUGGCUGACAACUCCAACGUUCUACUGGUGGAAUACUCCGAAGAGGUUCCACUCGUGCUGUCGAAUUUCGGUAUGUCAAAUCGGAUUAUCAAUUACUAUCGGAGAAAGAGCAUGGAAGACCCCACUCGCCCCAAGGCCGAAAUUGGCGAAACCGCAGUUCUCCUCCCCCAGGAUAAAAGCCCCUUCUCCAUCUUCGGACACGUGGAUCCUGGCGAGGUGACGCCGGCCAUCUCGAAUUCUAUGUAUCGUGCCCCAUUGUUCGUGCACGAAGCGAAGAAGACCGACUUCUUGAUCGUGCGUAGCAGUACUGGCUCUGGUGGCAGCGAUUAUUACAUCCGUAACAUCGAGAACCUCUAUGUUGCCGGUCAACAGUUCCCGUCGGUAGACAUUCCUGGACCCCAUUCACGAAAGGUCACAACGGUGGCCAAGAACCGGAUGAAGAUGCUGGUAUACCGCCUGUUGAAAAAGAGCCCAGACCUUCGGCUCUCUAUCAGCGAUGUCACCGCGCACAUCCCAGGAACUAGCGAUAUGCAAAAUCGACAAAAAGUCAAGGAUUUCCUCCAGCACGACAAAGACUCCAAGUACUGGGUGCCGAUGGAACCUGUGCCAGAGCAGGACGUGAUUCGGUCAUGGGUCCAGCCCGAGGACGUUUGUCUGCUUGAAUCCAUGCAGGUCGGUCAGCAACAUCUGCACGAUACUGGUUUUGGCAAUGAUGCUGAGAAAACCGGCAAUGAAGGCGAGAAGAAGGAACGGGAAGACGAAGACAGAGAUGGCGACGAGGAAGGGGAGAGCUUCGAGCAACAGAUGGCACCUUGGAAGGCAACCCGCAAUUUCCUCCUAGCAUCGCAGGGCAAAGCAAUGCUCAAGCUACACGGUGAAGGUGAUCCUACGGGGCGCGGCGAAGGCUUCAGUUUCAUCAAGACUUCAAUGAAGGGCGGCUUCAAGGCGGUUGGCGAGAGUGUGGAAGAUAAACUCGAUGCCCAGCGGCUCAAGGAGCUCGGAGGCCACAGCUACAAUGUUGCCCGGCAGCAGAAGUCAUAUGAAACGUCCAUCCGACGCAUCUGGGAUUCCCAAAAGGCCAGUCUGUCUUCAACAGUCGAACAUUCGGACGAGGAAAGCGACAUUGACCGCGAGGAAGAGGAGGAGUUCGGCAAGCCGACCCCAAGAUCAGAGGCUCCCACUCCUGCUCCUUUCCGCCGUGACGACGAGACGAUGAGUCAGUUCAGCAGGAUGAGUAUGCCCGCCGACCAAAAGGGCAAGGUUUUGCGCAUUAUGCGGACGCUCAGAGACGAAAAGGGCCAGCUCUAUCAGAAAGAACAAACGAUCUGGGAUCCCCGGGUUAUUCGCCACUACAUCCAGCAUCGGCAUCGGGUGGAGGCACUGACCACCAAACUUGAGUCCCUUCAGCCAACGGGCGACAAGGAGAUCGACGCUCGUAACAAGAAGCUUCUGGAAGCCGAACUCAGCCGUCUCAACCGCAACAAAGAACGACGCUUCGCUCGCGAGAAGCAAAAGGGCGCAGCCCGCGCAUCCGCAGGCGACUCACCGGCCGAUGGCGGCAAAUCCGCCGGUACACAACGGAAGUGUGCUAACUGCGGCCAAGUCGGCCACAUCAAGACAAAUAAAAAGUGCGUAUGCCAUAAAUCAGGCCCCUCCUUUGGAUUUCCAAACAACCCCUCAGAUUUCGACCUCCCCUUCUUUACCAAGAACCCGUAA